AUGGAAUAAAUUCUAAUUCUAAUAAAAUAACUUUACAAUGAAAAUGAAGAAAUACGAAGGUUGUCUGAGUAAGAACUGAAUAAUAUUUUUAACGAUUUCGAGAAAAUUAAAAUUGCAUUCGAAUGCUUGUGUGAUCAAAAGAUUGAAAAAUCACUCAGAGUAUAAUUUUUCAUAUAUUUGAAACAUUACCUUUAACAAAAUUACAUAACCAUAUUAAUGAAUCAUAAGAUAGAAAUUCUAAAUAUUUUACUAUUUUACUUAAAUAAAGUCGAUUAGUAGAUAAUUCCAUUAUUAUGCAAGUUGAUCAAUUAUAUGAUUUUAUAUACACCUGAUUCUACAUAAAUUAUCAUAUGCAUAAUGGAUAAACAACAAUUAGACUCUGCUUACAUCUAAUUGAUUACUGAGAUGAUGAGCAGCCAAAUUGUUAAAAUAAAAUUAAAAUUAUCAGGUUAUAAAUAUAAUUUUAGUAAGAUUUUUUAACUCUUCAACGUCAAUGAUUAUCAACUAGUUGAUCAAAUACUAAAUUUUUAUUUAUCUCUUACCAAUUCUUUAUUUUACUCAUUAGAGGAUGAUCAUUAUAAUGCUAUUAUAAAUUAAUAUUGUUAAUUAAUUUAAAAUAAUCCAUAAUAAUCAAAAAUACUUGAAAACUUUUCCAAAAUCAUAAUUCGACUCAUCAAAAAAAAGCUUCCCUCAGAAAUUAUUCAAUAAUAAUUAUUGUAUAUUAUUACACAUAAUUAUUUAGACAACAAAUAACUUUUAGGUAGAAUUACUGCUUACAGACUUCUAAAAAUUAUAAAUAAAUUAGUAGUAUGUUAAAAAUUAAAUUAUCAAUAACAAAGAUAAUUACUAAUAUUUAUCGUUAUUAAUAUAAUAUAAUUAGAUUUGCAUGCCUAUUAAAGCUUGUAUCUAAAUUUGGAUGAAGAGAAUGAGGAGGACUACUAUUUGCUUAAAAUUAGAAAUUUUGGGAUCGAUUUUAUUCUCUCUGUGUUGAAACUUGAUUAAGAAAAUUAAAUAUUUCAAGAAAUUUUACUCAUCUCUGAUCAGCUUAUACCUCUCCAAUAGAGCGAAGAAAGUAUUUGUAUCAAAAAAGAAGCUCACUACUUUAUUAUAUCAAAUUUGUUUUAUAGGAUACAGAUUCACCAUUUAGAUCAACUCUUUUUAUAGGAAUUGCUUUAUUGUCUCAAACAAAUCAAUAAUGCUUACAUUCCAAUAAAGAUUUAAGUAUUGAUACUUUUAAGAAAGUUCAUCCUAAAAAAAUUGAUAACAAAUUAAUCUUAAAUUGAUUAUUUGAUAUCAAUUCUUAAAGAAUAAUUGUAAAUUAUAGAAUAAAUUAAUAAUCCAAAUUUACUAUGUGCUAUGAUAGAUUUAUUAGUUUGCUUGUAAUUGUAUUAUCCUUAACGAAAUUGUCUAACAAAAUAAACAUACUAAGAUUUAAAAUAAUAUUACUUCUCUCAGACUAAGGCCAUUUAUAAGUAGUGCAUUCUCAAAUGUAUGGCUGAACUAGAAUAAUUAAAUCUAGGAGAUAAUUCUCUCAUUUCAAUUAUCACAAAAGAAUUAUUAAAUGCUCAAUCGGAAUAGAAUUUAUAAAAAUAUCAAUUAAGUACUAUUUAAUUAUUAUUAUUUAGAAUUGUUAAUAGAUAUAAUGGGUGUUAUUGUUGAUAAACAGUAUAUCUUUUAAUUGAUGCACUUCGAAAAUAUUAUUUUCUAGUUGGUUCAUAGUUCUCUCUAAUAAUUUAAGCAUUAAUACGCUAGUAUAGGUUUAUUAAAUGUAUACUUGAAAAAGUUGUUAAUUCAGUAAGAGAUUUAUUCAACUGAUAGUAAAAAUGCUAUACGGAUGAUAUAAUAAUUAAUGUUUGAUUGUUUGGACGAAGAUUCCGAUCUUUUUGAGCACAUUGUAUAAACAUAUUAUCUAAUUCUAUUGCAUGAUGUAGCAGACCUCAUGGUUACUCUUCAAUUUAUCAUUAAAUAUGCAAUACAAUUGAAGAAUCAAUAUUUCUUGUCUUUGUUUUGUUUAUUUCUGUUUAGAUUAAAAUUCGGAUUAUUCAAAUCAGAAAUUUAACAACUUUAUAAAACGUUUUAUGAGGAUAUGUAAUAUAUCAUAUUCAUUAAGUGAAUAAGACGAUGGAAGAACAAGCAGUGAACUUUUGUGUGGAUUGUCUAUUCUAGAUAUAAAUUAAUAUGACAUCAAAGAGAUCAUGCUGGGUCAAUAAGGUAAAAUUUACAUUAAAUUAUAGAUGUCUUAUAUAUCAUGACUAAUAAAGCGAUAUUAUUUAUAAAGUAUUAAAAUAGGUUUUAUAUAAAUUAUUUGAUUAAUUUGUAUUAAUCAAUGAUUACUAAAAAGCAUUUAAUUUUUGAUAUGGAAUAGCUUUCAUUGAACAACAGUUUCGUAGUAAAAUUGAAUGAAUUUGUUUCUUAAUUAGGAUUGAAACAACAGAAUACACAAUAUUCAAUAAUAAAUCAAAUAUAAUAGAUAUUUGAGACCUUUUACUCAACCAGUUUAUUUGUUUGCGAUUAUAUUAUUAAAAAAUGUAAGAGAUCAAAUAUUUAUAUCUAUAGUUUAAAUACCAAUAAUGAUAUAGGCUUAGGAUGAUCUAAAUUUAAAUGAAUUAACAUUAUCAUGA